CCAUCGAUGAUUUGACAGCUCUAGCGAAAAUUUCAUGCGCCAAAAACGUAAACUAAAGAAGAUUUCGUCGAAUUAUCACCUAUAAGUGCUACCAACUGGCUAACUUGCCCUUCUCAGUGCAUAAUUAAGAUCCGGGCAGCGGGACAAAUUGAAAGCUGCCCGCAAAGUGAAUUCCGCGAGAACAGAUCGCUUGGUGCGCCGUUCCACUCUUAGGGGGCGGGUGGCCCACGAAGCGAGAGAGAGAGAGCAGAGGCAGCUUCAAUAGUACAGCCGAUGCUGCGCGGCAGCGGAGCAAGAAGAAGAGCGGCAACGCUGCACGGCUGAUAAACAACAAAAGGAAGGAACGCGAAUUCAAUUAAAUCUCGGUUAAGAAACCGGAGAAUUCAACUAAAAAGCGCAGUGCAGAAGACAUGCUCAGGCGAAGAGCUUAGAACAGUGGCAAUAACACAACAGAUUCGCUAAAGAUGCAGCAAAUGGACGAUCCCCCAUCGCUGCCCGUGGGCACGGAGGUCAGUGCCAAGUAUAAGGGCGCCUUCUGCGAGGCCAAGGUCAGCAAGGUGGUGCGCAACAUCAAGGUAAAGGUUGCCUACAAGCAGGGCCUGGGCUCUGGCAUUGUUUCCGACGACGCCAUCAAGGCACCCACCGGCCAAUUACGCGUGGGGGCCGUCGUAGAGGUGCGUCAUCCGGAUCGCAAGGAGAUCGUGGAGGCCACCAUAACCAAGAUUCAGGAUUGUUCUCAAUAUACGGUUGUCUUCGAUGACGGCGACAUUACAACGUUGAGGAGAACGGCUCUGUGCCUCAAGAGCGGGCGGCAUUUUAACGAGAGCGAGACACUGGACCAGCUGCCGCUGACGCAUCCGGAACACUUUGGCAAUCCCGUGGUGGGCGGACGCCGGGGACGUAGGCGCGGCCAGCUGAACGAGGAUAGUUCCGAUGACGAUGAUGAAAGUGAUGCCAAGGAGGUGGUGAACGAGAAGGAGGAGAAUAUUGGCAAGGUGGUGUGCGUGGAGACCGAGUCGAAGAAGAAGGACAAGGAGAAAUGGUUCCCAGCUCUCGUUGUGGCGCCCACAGCACAGGCUACUGUCCGCAUCCGCGUCAAGGACGAGUACCUGGUGCGCUCGUUCAAGGACGGCCGCUACUACACGGUGCCCAAGAAGGAGGCCACCGAGUUCACUCGCGAAGUGGCUAGCAAACAGGAUGUGCCUGCUGUGCAGGCGGCCCUCGAGUUCCUCGACAGCAGUAUCCUGCCGCCCCACUGGGACCGCGACUCGCUCUUUGGCCUGUCGAAUCUCUCCAGCGACGACGAGGGCGAGAUCGAUUCGGACUCAUCCGAUGACGAGCCGCACGAGGAGAAGGAUCGUUUUGUGGCGCAGCUAUACAAGUACAUGGAUGACAGGGGCACGCCGCUCAACAAGGUGCCAUCCAUCCAAAGCCGGGAUGUGGAUCUCUACCGCCUAUUUCGGGCGGUACAAAAACGCGGCGGCUACAACCGCGUGACCUCCCAGAAUCAGUGGAAGCUCAUUGCCGUUCGCCUGGGCUUCACGCCCUGCACGGUGAGUGUCAUGAACCUGGUGAAGCAGGCCUACAAGAAGUUCCUGCAGCCGUAUGGUGACUUCCAUCGCAAGCUUGGCUGCUCCAUGCUGAUGACCUCCCGGAACUCCAAUCGCAGCAAAGGAAGAAGUCUGGUGCGAGCCAAUUCGGUGGCGUCGCCCAAGCCGACGGAGACAACGAAAACGGAGACCAUCAGCAAGUUGGCCCAGCCAAACCAAACAAAUGUGGUGGUGGCUUCUACUUCAACGGCAGCCUCAUCAAGCUCGGCAGCAGCUGCAUCGGCGGCAUCUACCCCUGUGAGAGCUGCAUCCACCGCUUCCCAAUCAGCGGUGGAGGUAGAGUCGGAGGACACCAGCGAGUCCAGUGUUGUGGUCGACUUGCCCCCAGCCAAGAAGCAUAGAAAGGGUUCUUCGGCAGCCAGCAGCAAUCAGCAGGGCAAGGUUAAGACUUUGGUGGAGAAGUACGAGGAGAAAUCGACUGCGGCACAGGCUGGAGGAGGCGGAGGCGGGGGAGCAGCUGCUACAGCAGGUACAAGCGGAUCAACUGCAGUCCCAGCAACACCAGUUACCACGGGAAUAGCAUCCACCUCCUCCUCCACCACCACCACCAAUCCAUCGGCUUCUUCAACGUUUGCCCCAGCCACACCUGGAAGUGCCGGUGCCAUCUCAGCCUCUGGAGCAUUCAGCAAGGACACCGAAUCGGACCUGCCGCUGGCCAAGAUUAAGGCAGCUGCAGCAGCAGCGGCGGCGGCAGCAACCAGAAACAACAGCAUGGAGAAGGAAACGAACAUCAGCUCCGGCAGUAGCGCCUCUGCCUCCAGCAAGGCCAACUCAGCGGAGAUGCAGAGCAGUAGGGAUGCCUCGCCUUCGGUCUCUGGUGGACCGCCUUCAGUUGCGGCUAGCAGCUCCUCAAUCGCUCCAGCUGCCAGCGCCCAGCCGUCGUCAACCAAGAAGGAAAAGCACCAGCGUGCCAAGCAGGCCGACAAGGAUAAGGAUAAGGAAAAGGACAGCAACAAGGACAACAACAAGGAUAAAGACAAGGACAAGGACAAGGAGGAGAAACAGCCGGGAGGUAGCGGUAAGCGCAAGAAGGAGAAGAUUAGCGUGGAGAAGAUCGACACGGGCGACUUUGUGGUCGGGAUCGGGGACAAGCUGAAGGUGAACUACCAUGAGAAGAAGUCACCCAGCUCGCAUGGCAGCACCUACGAGGCCAAGGUCAUCGAGAUCAGUGUCCAGCGCGGCGUGCCGAUGUAUCUGGUCCACUACACCGGUUGGAAUAAUCGCUACGACGAGUGGGUGCCUCGCGAGCGGAUUGCCGAGAAUCUGACCAAGGGAUCCAAGCAGAAGACCCGCACCAUAAGCACGAGCAGUGCGAACAGUGGCAGCGGCGGCGGCGGCGGAGGAGGAGGAGGUGGUGGUGGUGUUGGCUCCCUCUCUGUGCAGGGCUCCCUGCCGCCAGGAGUCGCGGAGAAGCAGCAACAGCAGCAGCCGUCCGCCAAGGAGGGUGGUUCAAAAAUUCCACCCUCGGCGGGAUUUUCUCCAGGCUCGGGAGCUUCCCCCUUGCCCGGUUCCCUGGGCGGGGCCAGCUCCACACCCUCGCUUCUCUCCUCCACUGCGGUGAAGACACCAACAUCUGCUGGCGCUAAGCGUGGACGCGGGCGUAGUGACUCAAUGCCGCCGCGUUCCACGACGCCCUCAUCGGUGGUGGUCUCUGCCGGUGGGCGCACCAAAUCCCCAGCUGCCUCACAGGGAAUGAAAAAGCGGCCGACGCGCAUCUUGCCGGGAACCACCACAUCCCGUCGCACCUCGGACGCCUCGAUGGCCACCGAAUCGGACUCCGACUCCGAUGAGCCAGUGCGUCGUCCCAAGAGGCAGCAGUUGGCAAAGGAUAAAACGCAGGCGGGUAAGCAGCAGCAGCAAAGCAAGGGCCGUGUGGCCAGCAGUGCCUCCUCGACGGCCCCACCUAGGGAAGAUCCCAGCGAGGAUUCCGAGGAGGAAGACGAAGAGGAGGAGCACCCUCCCAAGCAGCAGCAGCAGUCGGUCUCCGCGCGUGGAGGCUCCCGUGCUGGCGGCAAUCGAGCCAUGAGCAGUGGCGCAGCCUCCGCCAAGGGACGCGACUACGAUCUCAGCGAGAUUCGAUCGGAACUGAAGGGUUUCCAGCCGCAGCUCCUCACGAAUAGCCAGCCCAACGAGGACCGCAAGAAGGAGGCAGCCAUUAAGACCGAAUCAUUGUCCUCUGGCGAGCCAUCCACCCUGCUCCAGGAUGUUGUGAAGAAGGAGCCCGGCAAGCUGGAGUCCUUGGCCAAGAGUCGCAGCUCCACGGAAAUGUCUUCGGAAACGGAAUCCUAUGCGGAUGAGGAUUCCCAGUCAUCCGACUAUCGUAAGCAGCCCAAAGGAGCUGCCGGAAAGCGGGAGCCCACCACAUCCUCGAAACUGCAGCAGGAUCAGUCCAUGCCCAAGCGUGAGGCUGUCAAGGAGGAGCCACAGCUGAAAGUGGAGCCCAAGGCGGAGCCCAAAACCGAGGAGGACACGAAGAGCAAGCCACCCUUCCUCUCGGGAGCGGACAUUAAGCCCACCACCCUGAUAGCACCAGCUAGAUUUGGCAACAGCUCCGCAGCUGGCGGAAGUGGCUCGGCCACGCCCAAAUACACCUCAGUGAUUGUGGAGAAGCUGCUGACAUUCGGUGGCAAGAAGUCAGGAGGAGGAGGAGCAGCCGGCACAGCGGAGCAGCAGCAGCAGCAUUUGCCGGUGAAGAAGGCGGCGGCGACGACCUUAACAGCGGGCGGCAGCCAGGAAUCAAAGAAGUUUGCCGAACCUGUGGCCAGCCUGAAGGUGGAACUGCCGGCGGCCUGUUCGCCCUCGUCCUCCUCCUCCUCGUCCAGUUCGUUUUGCUCGAGCGGAUCGGGCAGCGGUAGUUCCAGCUCGGCGACACGGUCGCUGCCAGAUAUGAGCAAGCUGGAGAUUAGCAGUGGGACGGGAGGGGGAGUGGGAGCGGGAGCUACCUCAGCAGUUAACCCAGCCAGCAGCUCCUCGGGCACGGGUACGAGCUCCAGCUCUGGCACAUCUGUCAAGGAGAGCAAGUACAGCAGCAGCAGUGGCGCAGCAGGAGCAGCAGCAGCAGCAGGAGGAUCGGGUCUUACCAUGCGCAAGCUUCUAUCCUCGGAUGUCUAUGAGUUCAAGGACACGGAACCGUUUGAGUUUGAAAAGCGUAUCUCGCCUAUGACCUCGGUGGGAGCAAGUGCAACUGGAACAUCAGGACCGGGAGCAGGAGCAGGAACGGGAACAGGAGCACCCGGAGCAGUAGCUGCCUCGGUAAUCACCGCUGUAUUGCCGCCAGCAGCAGUAGCAGGAACAGGUGUCUCCGGAACGGGGUCAACCACAGCUAUGGCCGCAUCCACUGGCGGAGUUCCUGUAGUGGUUAGUUCGGUGGCCAGGAAGCAGGCCCUCAAGGCCAGCGCCAUGCAGCAUAGCCUAGAAGUACACCAGCUCCAUCAGCCCUCUGCCGCCGCCUCCUCCUCCUCCGCCGCCUCCUCCUCCACUGGCAGCUCCUCCACCGCUGGUUAUAGCUCAAUUUCCAGCGGAUUAUCAACAGCCGCCAAGCCAAAGAAGAGAGGUUCCCCGCUAAAGGAAGCUGGUUUGGGUCUCGAAAAGGGCAAGAAUCCCAAGCUGGACAGGGAUCAAGUUCAACAGGUGGAAACCAAGCCGCAGCAGCAGCUGACACCACCCAGCAUAAAGGUGCCUUCAUCAGGAGCGGGAGCACAACUAACGCCGUCUGCGGCUGUAACCAAUCCAGUCAAGAUGCACACGCCACCGGGAGCGGGAGUAGCUGCUGGAGGAGCAAAUACAACCGUCAUUCCCGCCCAGCUGACGCCCCAUCAUGCCACGCCCUUCGAUGCCCUGAGAAAGUCGCCCAGCUUCAAUCUGAACAUCACCGCUUUGAACGAAGAGCUGGCCCAGACGGUCCAGGAAACCACUCGCGCUCUGACGGACGCACUGCAGCCACCGCCAACGACGCCGGUGGCCUUGGCAGUGCCCACACCAGGGAUUCCAAUGAUAGCACCCUCCGCCUCAGCCUCCACUUUGAGCUGUCCUGGGACACCGCCAACGGGAAGCAGUUCCUCCGCCGCCUCGGUGUCAGCCUCUCCCAAGCUAAGCACUCCACCGCAGGCACCCAAGCAGCCUGCCACCAGCCACAUCGUGGGUAGUCCCUUCAUCGAGACCCGCAACGUGUUCGAGCUGAGCACCUCCAAUGAGGGCAGUGGCUAUAGCUCCGGCGAGUCCAAGGACAACAAGCUGGAGAAGCUGGAGAAUGUUAAGAUUCUGCUGGCUGGAGCAGCAGGACCCUUUGACCUGGACGCUGGCAGCUAUGAGCAGAAGACCAGCUCCAUAGCGGACAAGGUCCUGAAGGCGAUCAGUCAGAAGAAGGAGGAGGUGGAGAACAGCAAAGGCAAGCCAUCGGCGGUGGAAGUCACCACCAAGGCUUCGCCGCCUGAGGAUAUUCCGCCGCCCAAGCUAGAGCCGAGCAGCAGCAGCAGCAGCCACCAAGCCAUCAAGCUGGACACUCUGAAGCUGCUAAGCGAGCCCCUCAAGAUCCAGACGGGUCCGCUUCUCGGCGAGCUCUAUCGUCCCGGACCGGCCACCAGUAGUCCGGAGACCAAGUCCAUACUGGAAUCCUCGCUGCCGGCCAAAAAUAGCGAGCUAAGCGAGACUAUCCAGAAACUGGAGUGUGCCAUCCAGCAGAGAAAGACCCCUGUGGGUGGAGCUCACUCACUGGCCAGCUCCAAUGCUGGAACCCCGCCCACCGCCCACACGCCCAACUCCACGGCCACCGCGGGACCAGGUUUCUCUGAUGACGAAUCCAUUGAUAGCACCGAUUCCGAGCAACGGCUGGUAAUUGAGGAUGUGAUAGCGGAAGAGCAUACCACCACUACCACGACGGGGGAGCAGAAGAGUCCGGGAUCGGGUCAGGAGGAGGGCCAGACUACGGCCACCAUUGUGACAGCGAUGACUUCUGCGGAGACGGAGGCCACCAGCAGCAGGAGCAAUGCCACGCCGCCGGUCUCUGCACCCGUAAAGCUGGAACUUGGUGGUAAAGCCCUGCCCGGUAUUCAAGCUCCCAUUCCCCUGAAACUCACCGAAGGUGGCGGCAGCUCUUUUGCUGGCAAGCUUACGGCGGUGGUGACCCAACCUCCACCGCUGGCCAAGCUUCAGCCCACGGAGGAGGCAACUAAGACAAGUCUGAGUUCAUUUGGUAUUCCCAUUGUGGUGCCCGAGAUUCCUGCCUCCGUGGUGGUGGCCACUCCGGCUUUGAUGGUGGCCUCCGGUCCAGAUGGUGCUUCUGGGGUGAUGCGUCCCAGUCCUGGAUCUACUUCAAAUUCACCCGCAGCCGGGACACCCGUCUUGAUCUCACCCAAGGCUUUUCAGGCGGCACCUAAAGUGGGCGAGGCGUCGGGCGGCAGUAGCGGUGGACUGCUCUUGAAAACCUAUACGGGCGUGGGAGGCAGUGGAGUGGUGACCACCACCGUGGUGGCACCUGUUGUGCCCUCAAACUUUGCCCAGCAGCAGGGACAGCAGCAGCAGCAUGUUAGCAGUGUGCUCCAGGCUGCUUCUGAGAUGCCCGGUGGUUACAUUAUUGACCCAGAGACUGGAGGAGGAGGUGGCGGAGAAGUACCCAGCAGCUCACCCGUGGUGGCCCGUCCUUUUGUGAUGCAUGCUGUGGGCAAGGAGAUGUUCAAUGUGGCGGCACCGGCUAGCUCCCCCUUGAUCAGUGACCCCCACAAUGAUCAGUCCAUCAAUUUGCUUUGCGAAGAGACAAUACCAGGCAGUCCGGCUCCCAAUUACGGUGGCAAGGAGGAGCAAUCAAUGCCUGCCGCAGCGUUAACCCUUGUCCCAGGGGUCACUCCCUUGCCAUCCGAGACGCCGCCAGCUAUAGGCACCACGCUCCAGCAGCCACAAACACAGCAAGUGCAACCGCAGUCAUCUUUGGAGGCAGUGAACCCUUCGGCCACCAAUAGUUCACCAGACUCGGCCAGCCAGGAGGAUGAGAGUGGCGAGGAGACCAUGCAGCAAAAAAAACCCGAGCUAGGACACGACUCCAUGGAAGACUCGAUGGGUCUAAGCAAGCGCAAGCGGACACGGAAACAGGUGCCCAUGGGUGCCCAGGUAACGGCUGGCGUGGCCGCUCAGCUGCAGUCGCUGGGCAAGAGGCGACGCCAGGUGUCCGGGAUGAGAAGCCAGAAGACAGCCACAACGGGCGGUGGCUCCGAUACGGAUGACAAUUCGGACAAUCUGGUGCCCAUGGCGGGACAGCAACAGCAGCAGCAGCAGGUGCAGCAGCGGCAGAGUGCCCGCCAUCAGCUAAUGUUGCCCCAGGGCAGCAGCAGCACUCAGCUUCAACAGCAGCAGCAGCAACUGCAGCAACAAUUGCAGCAAUCAAUCGUAAGCAACCAGUCCGGAGUGCGUCCCUGUCCCUACAAUUUCCUCGUGGAGCUGGAUCCCGCUCUCAGCUCCGAUGAGUGCAUUACCAUCCUGCGCAAGCAAAUCCAGGACCUGCGCAAGGCUUACAACACCAUCAAGGGUGAGCUGGUGGUCAUCGAUCGGCGUCGCAAGAAGCUGCGUCGCCGGGAGCGCGAGAAGAAGCAGCAGCAGAUGCAGAGCCAGCAGCAGCAGAGCAAGCUGUGUGCCUAGAAGAGCUCUCCUUUCACCCACCCACUCACACACACCCAGGAUAAGUGCAAAUAAAGAUGGCAAACACAGCAAAACAAAAAACAACCGAGCAAGCGGGAGCCCAUAUAAUUGUACUAUAUCUUUUUACAAAUUAAUAUAUACUAUAUAUAUAUAUA